CAGUGGUGUCAGUGUUGAGCCAAUAUUCGUCCCAGACAAAUGUCGACGAAGAAGACAUCCGUCUGUUUCGUAAUGGACCGGUGGUCUGUGUAAAACGGAGUCGAAUGAAAACUGUAUUCAUAUUUUGAAUAUUGAAUGUGAAAAAGGUAUGAACCGGAAACGAGCUUUGAUUUCAGAUACGUUCAGGGUGAAGCGAAUAAAAAGUGUCACCCAGACGUUUGGAAUCGUCACUGAAGGAGAAGGGCCGCCUGAUGUCAGUUCAACGAUCGAGUAUCUGAGGUCACUCUUCCCCAGAAAGCUCUUCAAUGAUACUCUGCCUCAGAUCGUGUUAAAGCACCAACUCUACAGUUUGCACAGUGACAAAACUAUGGUGGACAAGGAGGUGAACAAAAUGCGGGAGAAGGGAGAGCUGCUCAUGUUCCAGCUUGGCUUUGAUGCAGAAGCUUUUGGCCUGGUUCUGGCUGCGGACUACAAAGCCAAAGUGCUGGCUGGCGAAGACGGCAGAGUGACACAGGGGACGGUGGAGAAAUUUGUGGAGAAAGUGUUGCCGUCCAGCACUGACCUGAGCUUCAGCAAAGAAAAAAUGCUUCGAGAGUUUCUCUUUACAGACGCUGAGAUAACGCAGCUGGUGAAGUCUGGUGUCUUGACCGUGAGAGACGCUGGCAGCUGGUGGCUAUCCAUCCCAAACUCUGGCAAAUUCACCAAGUAUUUGAUUCAAGGUCGUAAAGCUGUGCUCGGGAUGGUGAAGAAGUCUAAAUACGGCGAGGUCCUGAAAGCAGAUUUGGAGGAGCGGAGGACGACCUCACAAGUGAAAUUCCACAUGAAGUACCACAUUCAUGACAUUGUUGGGGCGGAGCUGGUGGAGAGCAUAUCAACUACCUCAGGUACAAUGCUGAGGUGCGUCGACUCCUGAAACUAUCAAGACUGACAUCGGUGCCAAUCGUGGUCUCCUUUUCAGUAUUUUCACCGAAGAGUGUGACCAUGAGAUUAUUAUUAAGUUUGAACAAAUGUGUUGCUUUUGUUCUUCAGCUUUAUUAAACCUUGUGGGUUUACUGAUUGUCAAUUUUGUUGACAUAUUGUCAGGAGGAAAUAAAAUGAGUUAU